UAGGUUAAAGCGCCACCUGUUCCUCGAGAAAUCGUUUGGUGGAAGGGAUCAGUGGGUCAGUUUGCUAACGAUCUCUAAGGAACAUGAUUUCCAUUACCUCUGGGAUAAUCUUCUUUUCUCUUGCAUGUGCCGUUUAUGGCGCACCCCAAGCAGGUGGCUAUGGUGCCGCACCCCCCAGCGGAGGUUGUCCAGAGAUCGGUGUAUUUGGCUGGCCUCACGAGACCGCUUGUGACCAAUACUACAAGUGUGAAAAUGGAACUUUCUCUCACGAGCAGUGCCCUAACGGUCUAGUCUUCGAUGACAAGAGUCCUGUCUACGACUUCUGCACAUUCUACUGGAAGGUAGACUGUGGAGAGAAGACUGUUGAGCCACCCAUCAGCACUCCAGGCUGUCCCUACCGGUUUGGUAUCUUCCCGUCCGGCAGCUGCACCCAGUACAUCAGGUGCGCAUGGGGUGAGCCCAACAUCACCGAUUGUGAAGAAGGUCUGGCCUACAAUGACGAUACUCACUCUUGCAUCUGGCCCGAUCAAGUACCUGGAUGUGACAGUGAAGCCAUCGUCGGAUUCAAGUGCCCAUCCCAGCUUACUGGCCUGUCUUCCAAAUUCUACCCCUUCCCAAGAUACCCCCACCCCAACGACUGCCAAAAACUGAUCGUCUGCGUCAACGACCAGCCCAGGUUGCUCAACUGCGGAUAUGGAUCAGCCUUCAAUCUUGAAACCUACACCUGCGAUGCAUUAGAAAAUGUGCCAGACUGCAAUCUGCGUUACAAGAAGUAAACGAACAUGACCUGAAGCUUGGAAGCGAGAUUCUACGAAACCUCAGUGCCCUUUAAAUGUUUGUGUUUUAUGUGUAUUGUUUGUCAAGUAAUCUAAAAAAAGAUAUGUACUUUUUGUUUUUCUAGAAAUAAAUUGUUUUAAAAUUAAA